ACCAACUACCAAGCACCACAAUUGAAUGCAAGAGGAUUUUUUUGGGUCAGAAGUGAUACAACCGCUGAUAUCCAACGACGUUUUAAAGGCUACCGAUCCAAAUUUUGAACGUUGGCGAGAAAAACUCAUCCAAGACGCUUUAAGACUUGUUGAGGAAAUUCCUCGGUGGAAGUCUCUUGGAAGCCACGACGGUGUUGCUUUAUACGAAAAAUCACCUCCUAAUGGAGGUAAUACUUGGUAUGGGCGUGUAUCAAGGCAUAAAAGAUCAUUGAAAACUUUUAAGAAAGGUUUAUUGUAUGAACAUAUAAAAAAAGAAGAAUGUUAUGAUCCCCUAAUUUUUUCUACAAGCCAGCUAGAAACCAUCAUUGAGGAUGAAAUUGAAGUCUGGAUGUAUAGGUUCAAAACACCUUGGUUCUGCAGAAAUCGUAUUUACAAGCAGCUAGUUGUAUCUGUCAUGUUAGAUCCAGAUUCCUUCAUUGUAUUGCAAAGGCCUGUUCAAUAUGUAAACCCUAAUCCUGCCUUCAUUUCUAAUCCACAGGCGGUUCCGGGUUAUUACGAGUCGGUGGAUUUUGUUUCCAAGAAGUAUCGAGAGGAUGGAAAAGACGAUGGUGUAUUAUGGAUUUGUGCUAUACGAAAUGACUACGGGAAAAUGCUAUCAAGUUGGUUUUUAGGCCCAUCGUUUACGAAAUUACUCACCCGACAAGUCAAAUUAUUUAAUGACUGGCUGAACAAGACCUAUCCAAAGAAGGGUUAAACGCACCACUUUGGAAAAUAAUGAUAGCUAAAAUUAACAAAGAAUUAGAAAUUGUUUGUUAAGUGCAUCAUAAUGUCCUUAAUUUAUUAUCCGUUUGGUACCGAAUUUGUCUAUUUUUAUUUUGUCUUCACAGAGAUGUCAUUACAACAAUUGAAAGGAUGCGUUCUUUCAUUACCAGUAACAGGAAGUGUAAUUAUUAAUAAGUUUUCUGGAUGUUUACAGAUGUUUCUAUUUUUUUGAACAGUUUAUUAUUGUCGUUUUUUUUCUUUUUGCUACCAAUACUCAUUUUGUUAAAUAAAUCAGUUAGUUAAUCUUAAUAAUACGGUUCUUUGUUAUUACAAAUUGUUAAUCUUAAUAAUACGG